AUGGCAAACAUUCUCUGCUUCAAUUUGUGUUUAUUUGCUUUGUAUAUGCUCUUAUAUCUAACAACAUUUGAAGCUUACAAUCCUGGCUUUAGUGUUCAACUAAUCCGCAAGAACUCAUCUUAUUCUCCCUUCUCUAUAUCAAAUCAUUUUCAUAAACAUAAACAUAGACAUCUGCCAUUUUCCCGGGUUCCCAAGAAACCACUUGCCUCAGGUCCCGUCACCAGAGUGAUAUCCAACAAUGGUGACUUCCUCAUGAAGCUUUCAUUGGGAUCACCCCCAGUGGAGAUAUAUGGUUUGAUUGACACAGGCAGUGACCUUGUGUGGACACAAUGUAUACCCUGCAACAACUGUUAUAAGCAGAAAAAUCCGAUGUUCGAGCCGCAACGGUCGGAAACAUACAGUUCCAUUCCAUGUGACUCAGAGGAGUGUAAUUUAGUCCCUGGUCAGACGUGCUCUCCUCAGAAACUCUGUGGCUAUAGCUAUGGCUAUGCAGAUUCUUCAGUGACACAAGGGGUGCUUUCAAGGGAAACAACCACAUUUAGUUCCACCAAUGGAGAUUCCACUGUUGUUGAAGGCAUAGUAUUUGGAUGUGGACAUAAGAACACUGGAACUUUCAAUGAAAACGACAUGGGAAUAAUUGGACUUGGAGGAGGGCCUCUAUCACUUGUGUCACAAGUUGGUGCAAAAUAUGGGGGAAGAAGGUUCUCUCAGUGCUUGGUUCCUUUUCAUACAGAUCCUAACUCUUCAGGCACAAUCAGUUUUGGUGAAGCCAGUGACUUUUCAGGUGAAGGAGUAGUCACAACUCCUUUGGUCUCUGCAGAAGGUCAAACCCUUUAUUUGGUCACACUAAAAGGCAUAAGUGUUGGAGACAAAUUUGUGCCUUUUGAUUGUUCAAAUGAGAUUUCCAAGGGGAAUAUAAUGAUUGAUUCAGGCACACCAGCAACAUACCUACCACAAGAAGUUUAUGACCAAUUGGUAGAGGAAUUGAAGAUGCAGAUUAACCUGAGACCUAUUCUGGAUGAUCCAGACUUAGGGACACAACUCUGUUAUAAAAGUGAGACAAAUCUUGAAGGGCCAAUUUUGACUGCUCAUUUUGAUGGGGCAGAUGUGCAAUUGAUGCCCAUACAAACCUUCAUUUCACCAAAAGAUGGGGUAUUUUGCUUUGCAAUGGCUGGUGCAAAUGAUGGAGAAUAUAUAUUUGGCAAUUUUGCACAAGCAAAUAUUUUGAUUGGAUUUGAUCUAGACAAAAGGACUGUCUCCUUUAAGCCAGCUGAUUGCACCAAACAGUAG